AUGAAGAGUUCUUCUCCAUCCUAUUCUGCCAGUACUUCCACAACCACCAACUCCAUUAAUCUUCGAGCUAUCGUCUUGAUCGCCGUCUUCCUCUCCGCAGCCUCAUGCAUCCGGCUUUCCGAGGCAUCGUCGUCGCAUGAAGCCUUCUCGGGCCCCCUCUGCGACCGCCGCCUCCACCACCGCUGCAGCUACCAUCACCAUGUAGAGAAUUCUUGCUCCACAUGGCAUCCGCCACCUUCUUGGUGCCUUCCAUUCCCACGAGGCCGGCUUCCACCCCCUCCUCAGCCUCCGCCGCCGCCGCCGAUGGAAGAGGAGAUCGAUCCAAGAUAUGGCGUCGAGAAGCGGCUCGUCCCCACCGGGCCCAAUCCUCUUCACAACUGA